AAACCCCUGAACUUGUAGGCGAUUUGUACAAAACUAUCAUCACCUUCUUCUUGUUAUUCGCCUUGAAGAGGACAAGCGAUAUCGGGUUUCGGGUCGCGAAAAGAACCAUGGAUUCGACCUCUUCAUCAUCGUCGGCGUAUCCUAGCGCUGCGAGGAUCUCGGACUCCCCUUGCUUCCCACAGUACACAGCUUCUCUCAAAUGCCUAGAAGCUAAUCAAGAGAAAAACAAAUGCCAACAGCAAUUUGAUGAUUACAAAGAGUGCAAAAAGAAAGAGAGGGAGGCUCGGCUAGAACGCAACAAAAGUAGAUCUCUUUUCGGAUGAAGGCGACAUUUUUGAUGGAUUAAGGCUCAUUAUAGCGAAUAAGAAAUCCGAGGACUACUCAAACUGAAACGAACAUUAUGCCUUCUCUAAUAUUGUUCUGAGCUUCUGUGAGGACUUUUGAUGGCAAAAUAUGUUGAAUACAUUAUUAUGUAAGCUUUGCUUGUGGGAUCUUGAGAAAUUUAUGCAACGGAGGUGCAUUAUUUUACAUGAUUCUAAGGGUGAAAAGGAUCCAUGCAUAUAUGAUGCCUGUUGCGCUA